UUUCUGGACGCUGCCUACCUACACCUAUAGAUCCCGAGUCUGAGAGCUUACAGAACUUCUUUAAUAAGACCAAAGAAGCACUGGAGGAUUUGGUGCUGGGUCAGAAAGGUGUAAACAUCUUAGCUGAUGCAAAACAGUCACCAGCAGAAACAUUCAGAUUUUUGGGUCUUCAGGGCUAUGUCGUUUCUGGACGCUGCCUACCUACACCUAUAGAUCCCGAGUCUGAGAGCUUACAGAACUUCUUUAAUAAGACCAAAGAAGCACUGGAGGAUUUGGUGCUGGGUCAGAAAGGUGUAAACAUCUUAGCUGAUGCAAAACAGAUGGGUCAUAAGAUAGUGCAGGACCUGAGUAACAGCUGGCCCUACAUUGUUGGAGCUCUGGUUGUGGCCAUGUUGCUGUGCCUCAUCUACAUUUUCCUCAUGCGUUGGUUCGCUGGCUUCAUGGUCUGGCUGUCACUUUUUAGUGUUGUUGGUUUGCUGUCAUAUUGUUGCUAUGCAAGCUAUAUGAAGUAUGAUGAGCUGGGCAGAGCAGGAGGAGAUUCAGACAGUGCAUCAUCAAGUUCUAAUUCCAACAGUGGCAUCCUGAACCAGGUUCAGCAAGAAGUGGACCAUAUCUUGCACAUGAAAUACACAUGGCUUGUUUUCCUUCUCAUUUCUGCAGUCUUAUUGGGCAUUGUUUUAGUGGUGAUGCUCUUUCUCCGUAAUAGAAUCCGAAUUGCAGUAGCUCUCAUUAAGGAGGCAAGCAAGGCUGUGGCCAGUAUCAUGUCUACACUGGUGUUCCCCCUCUUCCUCUGGGUGAUGCAGCUGCUGGUCACAGGCUGGUUUUUGUUGGUACUGCUCUACCUUGCCUCCUCCACACACCCCGUGUAUAAAGCUGCAAUGGACAACUGCACAUGUCAUACUCUCAGUGGCACAUAUGAGGCUGGUGACAGAUGUGAUCCAGACACCUUCAGUAUCUGUUUAGCAUCAUGCCCGACUGCUGUGUGCCACUUUUAUGGCUCUGAGAAAGAGAAAUAUGUAAACUAUCUUCAUGCAUACAAUGCUUUUGGUAUAUUUUGGUUGAUGUUUUUUAUCUCUGCUAUCGGAGAAAUGAUUCUGGCAUCAACAUUUGCAACUUGGUACUGGACAUUCAAUAAAUCCAAUGUGCCAUUCUUUACCAUCCUAAUCAGUACGGCACGGAUAUUUCGUUACCAUUUGGGGACUGCAGCCUUUGGGUCCCUGAUUCUUGCCGUGUGCCGUGUCAUUCGAGUCAUACUAGAAUACUUAAAUCGCAAGUUGAAGAAAUAUGAUAAUUCUUUUGUCAGGGCAGUCCUGUGUUGUCUUCGGUGUUUCUUCUGGUGCCUGGAAAAAUUCAUAAAAUUCAUCAGUAAAAAUGCAUACAUAAUGUGUGCUAUAUAUGGGAAGAACUUCUGUCGCUCAGCCAGAGAUGCCUUCAAUUUGCUCAUGAGGAAUGUAGUAAGGGUAUUUGUACUGGAUAAGGUGACUGAUUUCCUGCUGCUUUUGGGGAAACUGGCGAUAACAGCAGGAAUAUGUGCUCUAUCAUUCCAUGUAUUCACACAUGAACUGGAGUACAAAGAUUAUGUAAAUAUACCGUCCCUCAAUUACAGUAUUGUACCAGUGGUUAUCAUUGGAGUCGGCACCUUUUUCAUAGCCACUGUGUUCUUUGGAGUCUAUUCGAUGGCUGUGGAUACACUUUUCCUUUGUUUCUUGGAAGACUGUGAGAGAAAUGACGGCUCAGCAGAGAAACCAUACUUCAUGUCAAAAGAGCUGAUGAAAAUUCUUCAUAAAAAGAACAAAUAAGGUUGUGAGAACGAUAAGUAUAUCGCACUAAGUUAGAGAUGUACUUUUGCAUUCUUCAUAUAUUUAUACAUGUUUAGAAUUGUUUACAGUAAUUUCUUACUAGUCUUCUUCCAUUCUGUUAUUGCAGUUACCAUUACUUUAAGUUAGGUUUAUAUCUUCAGAUGUCACUUGUGUCAGGAUGUGAUAACAAACUGUAUGUAAGAAACAGUUGCCUCCGCUCUCAGACAUUGACCCUUGGAAGCCUGAAAUUCACAGCCGCAAGCACAUGUCACCAGGAGAGUAUGAAUGCACAAAUGUUACAUCCACACAUGUUAACGUUUUACCUAAUGGCAGCUGUUCAUUUUGCUCUCUACCAUGGCCUUUUGUGAUAACACGUUACAGUAUAUAGAUAUCUGAUCAAGAAAUUUCUAAUCAGUAUUAUUGCAGAUGUGGAGUAAUUUUUAAAAAUUCUGUUCCUGCCAUAGGAAAACCACCUUGUCUGUGCUACAAAGACGUCUCAGGAGGUAAUUGCUGUACACUCUGAGAAUUAUAUUAAAUGAAAUGCAGUUUUGUUAAUAUUGAACCACGUGGUAUAUAUAGUAACCGCUGUACUUUAAAGGGUUGCUGUCUCUUUGUUACUUAUUUUGAAGAUGUCAAUCUUAAGAUUUAAAAUGUAAGCUGUUUUCUAAUUUGCAACAGUAGUGCCACAAUUCAUGCCUCCAGAUUUAGAACUGUGUUAUUUUAACACUUCGUGGACCAGCAAUUUAAAUAUUUAAAUCACCCUGGGGACCGGCAUUAUUAAACCUACUGAUCUAACUUGUGCACUGUUCA